UAUGAUCUAUGGUUGAUGCUGCGUUUCAUAUGUCAAUCUGUAAAUUAGCCCAAAUGGUCCAGUAAUCUCCAAAGAUUAUCAACAGGCAUGGUUUAUCUUUAUGUUAAGUGCGAUGUAGCGAGAUUUUAAUAUCUACAACUUCAUGCAUUUUUUUAAGACGACUCAUCAUGUCGGGGACCAAGAGUGAAGACAGUAAAACUGAUAAUUUAAACAGACAAGGUUCCUUUAGGAAGCUUGUGCCAGGAAGUAGUAAUGGAGAAUCUUCAUUGAGCAUGUCUGUAAAAAUGAUAGAUAGACCGAUUGUCUCGCAAACUAAUAAGCAACAUGCUGUUUUCUUACAGGAAUAUAAUAUUAUUUCAGAAUAUAAGAUGUUAUGUUCUCAAGAUUUAAAGGGGACUUAUAUAAUACCAUCUGCAUUAAAUUCUUUUUUAUGGUUUGGUGUACAAUUCGUUCGUCAAGGGAUGUACAAAGGCGGGGUUUUCAGAUUCACUAUUACAUUGCCUCCAAACUUUCCGCUUGGAGAUUGUCCUAAAAUUGUGUUUGAAACUCAAGUUUUCCAUCCAUUGAUAAAUCCAGAAAAUGGAGAAUUGUGCACAUCGUGGGGAUUCCCUGAAUGGAGAAGAAAUAACAGAAUUUGGCAAUUGAUACAAUAUAUUACAAAAAUAUUUAUUAAACUAGAUACAAAAAUGACUCCAAUUAAUCAGGAAGCAUCUAGUUUACAAGAAAGUAAUCUUGAGGCUUUCCGAGAACGUGUGAAAGCUUGUGUGAAGACAAGUGUAAAUCAAGUAUUUGAUCCAUCUACCAUAGAUGAUCCACAUUAUAUUACAUUUACUCGAUAUGUGAAUGAAGUGCAUGAUCCCAUUAAACGGGAAAUUUAUGAACCAAAGAGCGAAGAUGAAAAUAAGCCAUUAGGUUUGUCAUGGGUACAACCUGGUUCUCUUCAACCGUUUUCAAAACCAGAAGCUAGAUAAUAAAGGAGUUUAAAAUUCAAAUUUUGACAAAUAGUGAAACAAUGUACAUCCUUAAAAGUUAUAUAAGGAAAUUAUUGCUCUCUUGGCAAUCAUUAUAUAUAGAUACAAAUAUAUUAAUAUUUUUCUAUUCAGAG